UCCUCUCUCCUCUCUCCUCUCUCCUCUCUCCUCUCUCCAUCUAUAUAGACCCCUCCAUACCCACCCUUUUACUCUCUCCGAUCUCUCCUAUCUCUCUCUAAAGAUCAUCAUCAUGGCAGGGAACAAUGGAUCAUCAGCGUCAUCGAAGGGCCUGAUCGUGAGCUUCGGUGAGAUGUUGAUCGACUUCGUCCCCACAGUCUCCGGCGUAUCCCUCGCUGAAGCACCUGGCUUUCUGAAAGCCCCAGGCGGUGCUCCGGCGAACGUCGCAAUCGCCGUGACUCGUCUCGGCGGCAAAUCGGCCUUUGUUGGCAAGCUCGGCGACGAUGAGUUCGGCCACAUGCUGGCCGGAAUACUGAAAGAGAACGGUGUUUCAGGCGACGGAAUCAAUUUCGAUACAGGAGCGAGGACUGCACUGGCGUUCGUGACUCUACGUGCCGACGGUGAGCGUGAGUUCAUGUUCUAUAGAAACCCCAGCGCCGAUAUGCUUUUGACGCCGGAGGAAUUGAAUCUGGAACUCAUUAGAUCUGCUAAAGUCUUCCAUUAUGGAUCAAUCAGCUUGAUCGUGGAGCCAUGCCGAUCAGCACAUUUGAAGGCUAUGGAGGUAGCAAAGGAUGCCGGAGCUCUACUCUCCUAUGACCCGAACCUCCGGCUACCGUUGUGGCCAUCGGCCGAUGAGGCCCGUGAGCAGAUCAUGAGCAUUUGGGACAAGGCUGAUGUGAUCAAGGUUAGCGACGUUGAGCUGGAAUUCCUCACAGGGAGUGACAAGAUUGAUGAUGAAUCAGCAAUGUCACUCUGGCACCCAAAUUUGACGCUCCUGCUGGUGACCCUUGGAGAAAAGGGUUGCAGAUAUUACACUAAGAAUUUCCAUGGAGCCAUUGAUGCUUUUCAUGUCAAAACGGUGGAUACAACUGGAGCUGGUGACUCUUUCGUUGGUGCCCUCUUGUGCAAGAUUGUCGAUGACCAAUCCAUACUCGAGAAUGAAACAAGGUUGAGGGACAUACUGACAUUUGCAUGUGCAUGUGGAGCCAUCACAACCACCAAGAAGGGAGCAAUCCCUGCCCUUCCCAAUGAAUCUGACGCCCUCAGUCUUCUCAAAGCAUAAUACAAGGGCUAACGCUCUUCCUUGUGCUUUCUCCUUUUCUAUUCUAGUUUUGAUUUCUCCGGAUAGGAGUUUUGCGUUCAAUUCAAUUAAAGUAGGUUUUCAACCUCUCAAUCAAUUUUUCUUUUAUUUGCUUGUAAUGAUGAAAGAUGUUUGCUUGAAGGUUUUAAUAAAUCAAUUUUCAUCAAGUUUGCAGUUAAUAAUGCUUUCAAUAGUAG